AUGGCUGCCCGCCACGCAAGAGAUAAUGUUACCCGGGCGAGGGCUCAUACUACUGGCAUUGUUAAUGCUAGUGGAAUGAGAAAUAUUAGAUAUAAAGCAUUCAAAUGGACUGAGGGUGAGGAUAUUUCCAAACGGAAGCGAAAAUGGGCUAAGGUCAAUACACACAUCAGAAGGCAUGGACGCAUGCAAAAGAAAUGGGGGCAGGUCAUAGCUAUUGAAUUCAUGUAA